GCAAGGGAGCCGUUUCAAAGACAUUUGCCGCCUACUACUACUACUGAUGCUACUCCAUUCGACUGGUGACUUCUAUUCAAACGUCUGAUAUUGAAUGUUAUUCUGUGAACACACAAUUCCCGUUUAUUAUGAUAACCUGUUUUGUUAUAAAUGAUCACUGGUAAUCUAUAAAGGAACACGUUUUCUUCGUAUUGAGUUAAUUUUCCUCAAUAACAUACUCUAGAUUCUCCCUCAGAAGAACCUUCCUUCCUUCGUCAGUUUUGAUUAGCAUCAGGAUUUUGGGAAAUGCAUGUUGUUUAAUGGUACUACAUGGAACAUUACCAAUAGCAACUCUUAAAGUGUUUGAGACAACAGUGAAUUAUUGUACGUGUAUUUAACAAAUUUAAACAAUAAGUAAAAGUUUUUUUGAAUAUUAGAUUCAUACAUCAGCAGUGAAAUCUGGUUAUAGUCCUUCAAGACAUUGAAUUUCAUUUUUAACAGAUUUGUUGAGCAAUUAUUUGUAAACAAUUCUGUGAUAAGAGUUGUGAAUUAAAAAUAUUGUCAUUACAGAACGGGACAGGACAUAAGGCUAAAAUGAAUCCAGAAUAUUCUUUAGAAUUUCCUUUGAAAAGUGAAACUGAAGGUGCAUUAUCACUGCCUUCCAUAAAUCAAGAAAACAGCAACAUGGCUGCCUUUAGUGUAACCAGUGAUGGAGACUUUUUGUCUCUGGAUCCAUUGAUGGAUAUCAAAAUAGAGCCAGAGGAAUUCUGUGAGUCUAAUGAAGAUGAUGCAUAUUCAUAUGAAAUGAAUUCAACAGUGAAUGAAAAACAUCCACAAACUUGCAAAAAGGAAGUAAAACAAGAAAGAAGGAAUAGUCACAAUGGAAAGAAGCCUUUCAGAUCAACUGACUGUGAGAAAACAUUUUAUAAUAAAAUUAAUCUUACAAAUGAUAUCACAAAUCCUACUAGAGAGAAAUUCAUAUGCAAUGACUGUGGGAAAGCAUUUCCCAGGAAAAAUAGUCUUACACGUCAUAUGAGAAUCAAUACCGGAGAGAAGCCAUUCAUGUGUAAAGACUGUGGGAAAGCAUUUUCACGCAAACCACAUCUUACACAUAAUAUGAGAUCGCAUACUGGAGAGAAGCCAUUCAUGUGUAAAGAAUGUAAGAAAGCGUUUUCCCAGAAACCACAUCUUACAAUUCAUAUGAGAACCCACACCGGAGAGAAGCCAUUCGUGUGCAACGAAUGUGGGAAAGCAUUUUCCAAGAAACGAGAUCUUACACGUCAUAUGAGAAUCCAUACCGGAGAGAAGCCAUUCAUGUGUAAAGAAUGUGGGAAAGCGUUUUCCCAGAAACCACAUCUUACAAUUCAUAUGAGAACCCACACCGGAGAGAAGCCAUUCAUGUGCAACGAAUGUGGGAAAGCAUUUUCCGAGAAACCAGAUCUUACACGUCAUAUGAGAUUGCAUACUGGAGAGAAUCAUCCAUUCAUAUGCAAGGAAUGUGGGAAAGGAUUUGCCCGCAAACCAGAUCUUACACGUCAUAUGAGAUUGCAUACUGGAGAGAAGCCAUAUAUGUGCAAGGAAUGUGGGAAAGGAUUUUCCCGGAAAUCAAAUCUUACAAAUCAUAUGAGAAUCCAUACCGGAGAGAAGCCAUUCAUGUGCAAUGAAUGCAGGAAAGCAUUUUCCCAGAAAUCAAGUCUUACACUUCAUAUGAGAUUGCAUACUGGUGAGAAGCCAUUCAUGUGCAACGAAUGUGGGAAAGCAUUUUCCCGGAAAUCAAGUCUUACAAAUCAUAUGAGGUUGCACUCUGGAGAAGAAAAAGAAACAACAUGAUAAAAUAAACCAUUUAAGGGCAGAGAUCUCUCAAAUGACCAACUAUAUGAGAGAUCAAAAUCACUCACAAAAUCUGCUCAAGAAAUUAAGGAAAAUGACAAAAAACUACAGAAUAUGGAAUGAACAAAUCAGUUGAAAACUGGCGGAACACCAAGCCAAUAUAAAGGCCCUAGCUUCACAAAUAGGAAACAAACAACAGAAGAUAAAAGUAAAUUAGAUAAAUAUGCAGUUUGGUGAAAAUUCAAAGAUUGUAUAGGAAGAUGAUGAAAGAAACAGUGGAGGUAUGAACACAACUGCAAGGAAGACCUAGAGAGAUUUUGGAAGCCACUGUUUGAAAACCCUAGACAACACCUGGAUAUUCAAAUGUAUGGAAUUAGACAACAUCAAUGAGGAAAUAAGAUCUUUCUUGGCAGCUCAGAUGAGUAAGUGGAGGACCACUCUCUGUCUAAAACACUCUGAGGGCCAGAUAGUAAUUCCAGACAUAAAAAUCCAAAGAGGAAUAUUCCAAGGUGACAGCCUCUCACCACUUCUAUUCUGCUUGACCAUAGAUCCGCUUAGUAAAAUCUUGAACAACAUUAACACUGGCUAUGACCUAAGCAAAAGCAGAA